GUGGGCCAGCUGGGGGACUCCGUUUGCCUGCAGCUGGUGCGUGUCCCUUUCCAGCCCGAGCUGGGCACGCUGCUGUUCGGCUGCGUCCUGCAGCAGCACGCGGAGGGGGCCGACUUCCUGCUGCGGGGGCUGGCGGACCCGAACUUCGCCCGCGAGGAGGACGGAAG